AUGCAAUCAGAUCUAUCAAAAGAAAUAAUUGCAGAACACAAAAUAAGAGGAAAUCGUUCACCUACAGUAGGCGCUUCUCCACGUGGAGAAAAAGAAACAACUUCAUCCUUAUGGGAUAGACAUGAAGAUAUGCUCUUGAAAAAUAUGGCCAAUGCCAAUGAAGUUUCUGGUAGAAGUCUUGGUACGAUACCUGCUGAAUUGAAGCAGUAUUUAGAUCAGCUAAAUAUUUCAAGGUUAUCAAAUGCGCAAAAAUUUUGGAUCGAUAGUAGGCAUUUUACUCCCGUGCUAUCAGAAAUAGCUGUUAAAUAUUUAAUUUCUUCUGCUACAUCUGUAGCAUCUGUACUAGUUGCUUCUACAAUCAAUCUGUUAGUGCCUAAUAAUCGUAGUAGUCAAACAGCUGAACAUAAUAUAAAACAAAGAGUUGUCGGACAAGAGCUGUUAGCGGCGGGACAGUACCAAGCGGCAGUCACAGUGUUAGAAGCUGCACUGAGAAUUGGAUCUUGUUCCUUAAAGUUAAGGGGUUCAGUAUUCAGUGCUUUAUCCUCGGCUCACUGGGCACUCAGUCAACUAGACGCGGCCAUCAACUAUAUGCAACAGGAUCUUGCCGUCGCCAAGUCACUGGGAGACACGGCGGGGGAAUGCCGAGCCCAUGGCAACUUGGGUGCCGCAUACUUCAGCCAAGGGAGCUACAAGGACGCUCUUACUGCACACAGAUACCAACUAGUCUUGGCCAUGAAAUGUAAGGAUACCCAAGCCGCGGCCGCCGCCCUGACCUCUCUAGGGCACGUUUACACAGCCAUAGGCGAUUAUCCCAAUGCACUCGCUAGCCACAAGCAAUGUGUGCAACUUGUGAAGCAAAUGGGUGACCGAUUACAAGAAGCGCGUGAAAUUGGAAAUGUUGGCGCUGUAUAUCUAGCUAUGGGUGAAUUUGAUUCCGCUGUCGACUGCCACACACAACACCUGCGGCUGGCAAGACGGCUAGGCGAUCAGGUGGAAGAGGCGAGAGCGUAUUCUAAUCUUGGUUCAUCAUAUCACUACAGACGAAACUUUUCACAAGCCAUUACUUACCAUGAAAACGUAUUAAGAAUAGCCCAAAACUUAGGCGAUAGAGCGAUAGAAGCGAGAGCAUAUGCAGGUUUAGGUCAUGCAGCAAGAUGCGCCGGUGAUUAUGCGCAAGCAAAGAAAUGGCAUGAAAGGCAGCUGGAUGUCGCAUUAGCGGCUAGGGAUAAGGUUGGCGAAGGCCGCGCUUGCUCGAACCUAGGCAUCGUGUACCAAUUACUGGGCGAACAUGACGCUGCGCUAAAACUACAUCAGGCUCAUCUAUCCAUCGCGAGGCAGCUACAAGACAAAGCGGGCAUGGGUCGGGCAUACGGCAACAUCGGUAACGCGUAUUCCGCUGCGGGUUUCUAUGAACAAGCUAUAAAGUACCAUAAACAGGAACUGACAAUAUCCAAAGAGGUGCAUGACAGGAGUUCCGAGGCCUCGACGCAUGGGAACUUGGCAGUCGCGUACCAAGCACUUGGCGCUCAUGAUAUGGCGCUGUUUCACUAUAGAGCUCAUUUGGGCAUUGCCCGUGAACUAAAAGAUGCAGCAGGCGAAGCUUGCGCCCUCCUCAACUUGGGCAACUGUUUGUCUUCUCGGGGGGAGUUCUCACAGGCUGUUCCUUAUUAUGAGCAGCAUUUGAUGCUCUCUCAGGAACUUGGUGAUGUCAUCGCCGAGGCCAAAGCCUGCCAUUUCCUUGGUUACGCUCAUUAUUGCUUGGGCAAUUACAAGGAAGCUGUUAGAUAUUACGACCAAGACCUAUCUUUAGCAAAGGAUCUCCAAGACAAAAUGAAUAUGGGUCGAGCGUACUGCAAUUUAGGUCUAGCUCAUAUGGCAUUGGGAAAUCUAGAAACAGCUUUAGAAUGCCAAAAGUACUUUUUAGCAAUAGCCCACAUGACUCAACACUUGCAAGGGAAAUUCAGAGCGUUGGGCAAUAUAGGGGAUGUACUGAUUAAAAUGGGAGAUGUGGAAGAGGCGGUUAAAAUGUUCCAGCGACAGCUUGGUUUCGCUAGACAGGCUCGAGAUCGAUCAUUAGAAGCUGCAGCGUGUGGAGCAUUAGGUCUAGCAAGGAGGCUUCAGAGAAGGCUAGAUGCCGCUUUAGGACAUCAUACGCAGGAAUUAACUCUCCGCCAGGAAGCCGGCGACGCGGCAGGCGAGGCGCGCGCUCACUCGCACUUGGGGGCCGUUCAUAUGGCUUUAGGACAUUACUCGCAUGCCGCUAGGUGCUAUCGAGAACAACUAGAAAGAGCACAAGAGCUGCAAGACUGCGCGCUCGAAGCCCAAGCGUAUGGGAACUUGGGCAUCGCGAAGCUCAACAUGGGGCAUUAUGAGGACGCCAUCGGAUACUUAGAGCAGCAACUAGCUAUCUUAGAACGCGUAAACACACCAACCUGCCAGCUCGAUAAGGCUCGAGCACUUGGCUCACUUGGCGACUGCUACGACGCGCUUGGCGACCCGGACGAAGCCGCCAAGUACCACGAACAGCACUUAGCGGCUGCUCUCAAGUUAGACAAUGCAAGAGAACAGGAGCGGGCGUAUCGAGGACUAGGGCUAAGUCACAAAUCGGUCGGCAACCUUCAGCAAGCUCUAGUAUGUCUGGAAAAGCGUCUAGUAGUGUCGCACGAACUUGGUGUUCCCGAAGCGAAGGCUCAAGCGUACGGGGAACUUGGCGCUUUGCACAUCGCCCUCAACAACUUGGAACAAGCUGUGUCUUGUUUGGAACACCAGAAGAGUAUAGCUAAGGAACUAAACAACCAAAUAAUGGAGUCGGAAGCGUGUCACUCGCUGGGCGUGGCGCACCACGCGCUGGGCGACCACGCCGCCGCCGUGCGGCACCACCGCGCAGAGCUCGAGCUCGCACAUCGACUUGGGAUCACUCAUUUACAGGCGCGCGCGUGCGGCGGGCUGGGCGGGGCGCACGCGGCGCUGGGCGCGCACGCGGAGGCCGCGCGCUGGCACGAGUCGCGGCUGCGGCACGCCACCGCCUCCGGUGACACGCGCGGGCGCGCGCACGCGCUGGCGGACCUCGGGCGCGCGCACCUCGCGAUGGGCGCAUGUGGGAGCGCCGUCUCGUACUUGCGGCAAGCACUCGCUGCUACCGAGGGACUCGCUGAUAUUGAUGAAGAGGCCCGAGUACGUCACAGAUUAGGAUUUGCGCUGUGGGCGUCGGGGGAACUAGAAGAAGCGAAGGAGCAACUGCACGCCGCCUUCACUGUACUAGAGUCUGGGCAUGACAAGCAUCGCGAUAGGAAAGCGUCUGCAUUGUAUAAGUCUACGCAACAUGCUUUACAAAGAGUGCUUGUUGAACUGGGACGCAACCACGAAGCACUGAUAGUGGCGGAGCGCGCCCGCAGCCGCGCGCUCGAGCACGCUGCCGACAAGCCCACCAGCACCCUCAACCAGGCCAACCUGGAACUGCAUACUGCUCAGAGCAGAAACAUUGUAGAAGAUUCAAGCAAAGAGCGCUCAGAGCCAUGGAGUCCGUCCACGCUCGACCACAUCCUGGAGGUCGUGAACAAACAGAAGUCCCCUGUCUUAUACUUCAGCAUCGCCGCUGGGAAACUCUACGCCUGGUUAUUACAGCCUCAUAAAGGUAUUCUAAGGUUCCAUCAAACGUGUCUCCUCGAUCAAGCAGAAGACGGAGAUAACAGUCUUCCUGACAUCAGUCCCGAUGAACUUCAAACUAACACAAGUGCUGGUAAAUUAGAACGAUUUAUAAAAGAAUGGUUUGCUUGGCUCAAAACCGCUGAAAGGAGAAGUGAAGAAGACCAGUGGGAUCCUGAAGAUCGACCGAGCACUGGACUCGCCAGGAUGGUAACCAGAAACCAUCUCCUGAACUCAUCGAACUAUUCCUUAAGCUCGCUGUUCAGCGUGGGUUCGGUGGGAGGCUCCGUCGCCGGCUCCGUCGCCAGCUUGCAAGGGUCCACCAGGUCGAGCAUCCACGCGCCGCGCAGGAAGCAGCCGCCGUGGCAGGGCCCGCCCUGCCUCAGCGCGCUCUACCAGAUGCUCAUCGCGCCCUUCGAGGACUUGCUGCCUACGUCUUGUAAUAAUAAUCACGGUCGGCACGCGCGGCGCGGGUGCGGCGGGCGGCGCGAGCUCGUGCUGGCGGCGGAGGGCGCGCUGUACGCGUGUCCGUGGGGCGCGCUGCGCGCCGACGCCGGCGCCGACCCUCUCUGCGAGCGGUACGCGCUGCUGGUGGCGCCCGCGCUCAGGCCGCUCAAGCGGCACGCGCGGAAACCGCAUCAUGAUCAUGGUGCGAACACAGGCGCCAGCGCGAGCGGCGCGGGCGGGGGAGGGGGCGCGGAGGGCAUGCGCUGCCUGGUGGCGGGCGUGCGCUGGGGCGCGGCGCACGCGCUGCUCAAGGAGGCGGAGCUCGUGGCCGACAUGCUGCGGGUCACGCCGCUCAUUGAUUAUCAGGCUUCCAAAGAAGCAGUGUUGGCGCAAUUGCCGCAAGCUGAGUGCGUCCACUUCGCCACGCAUAUCUGCUGGAAAACACCUGGGAUCGUGCUCAGUCCGGGAGAAGUGGUCGACUCGCAAUCCAAAAGAUUGCUCAAUACUAGUGUGGGCAGUGGAGUCGCAGAUACGUCUACUGAAAACGAAGAAGAUAAUGCAGAACUGCCUCCCAGCAAUGAAGAGUUGCCACCAACUUCGGAAUUCAUGCUGACGGCGUCUGAGAUCAUGAAUCUAAAAAUCACUGCUAGAUUGGUGGUAUUAUCGUGUGCGCCGUCGAGCGCGGUGCUGCAGGAGGCGGAGGCGGCGGAGGCGGCGGACGCGGCGACGGCGGCGGGCGAGGGCGUGGCGCGCCUCGGCCGCGCCUUCCUGGCGGCCGGCGCGCACGCCGUGCUCGUGGCGCUGCGCCCCGCGCCGCAGGACACCGCCACCAAGAUACUCUACCGCGCGCUCUACUCCGCGCUCCUGCAGGGCAGCCGGGUCGCCAAAGCGCUGGGCGACGCGAUGCAGACGGUGCGGCACACGAAGCACUUCGCGCACCCCGCGCACUGGGCGGGCCUGGCGCUGCUCGGCGCCAACGCGCGCCUCAGCAACAAGGUGGCGCUGCUCGGCCAGGCGCUCUGCGACCUGCUCGCCGCGCCCGACAAGUGCCGUGACGCAUUACGAGUGUGCCUGCACCUAGUGGAGAAGUCCCUGCAGCGCAUAGUGCGCGGGCAGAAGAACGCGAUGUACACCACGCAGAAGAGCAUCGAGAACAAGGCAGGUGCGGCCGGCGGCUGGCGUGAGCUGCUCAUGAGCGUGGGCUUUAGAUUUGAGCCGGCGGCAAAUGGCAUCCCGUCGAGUGUUUUCUUCCCACAAAGUGAUCCUGAAGAAAGAUUGACGCAAUGCUCCGCCAGUCUUCAAGCUCUGUUGGGGCUGACGCCGACAACGCUGCAAGCGCUGUCGAAGCUGAUCUCGAGCGGCGCGGACGUGGCCGACGACAUCAUCGGCGUGGUGCGCGCCGUCAUCGCGCAGUUCUCCGUCAAGAACGCUGAGACCGACACCAUUGAGGUUGCUGUCAAUGUCAGG